AUGAGCAAUCCAGUUUCCAAACAACCAGGUGGCGGUAGCACAGCCGAAUUUUUUCCAUACAAUAACCAAUGGAAAGAGACUCUAUUUGGUUCGUUCAAACCAUGCCCACGAUCGGCCUACGCUUGUAUCUGUGGUCAAUGCUUUGUCGGACAAUUAGCUGAUCGUUUAGGUGAACACUUCAUCACAUGCUGCAUCGUUCCAGGUUCGUUAUUGGCAUUACGAACCAAAGUCCGAACGGUUUACAAAAUUGAAGGAACUAUGAUUAAAGAUUGCUUAGUAACAUCUUGCUGUACCGGCCCAUGUGCUGCUAUGCAAAUAGAACACGAACUUAAUCAUCGUGGUGUUCCAGCGAAACGUGCCAAAUAA